AUGGAAGAAGGAGGCGGAUUGUCUGAACCAGGGGAGAGGCCGAUGAUCUCCCCCAGAUCCGAUGGGUGCCUACCUCCCGCUCCCCCUGAGACUGGCAUCCGCGAGCCCAGUUCCCCGGGCCAGAACCCUGCAUGCAUGGGCAAAUUCGGUCUGUGGCGGUCUCACUCUGUCGCUGAAAGCAAAAGUAUUUCAAAAAUUCACUCGUCCGCCGGCGAGGAGCCCGCACGUCCAGUAUGGCGCGGGGACCGGGGCGGCCGCUUUUUGGGCCCAAGACUAUCGAAGAGAUCGCAGAGCAAAGGCAUCACCUCUGACAUUUCAACUGCAUCGGGAAGUCGGGAAGGAAGACAUUUUACUGUUGGAAACGUGGGUCAAAAUGGAAAAAUAUACCUCAGGCCCGUGCCUAUUUCGAAGCAGGCUUUCCAUACUCGAGGACGCUCUCAACCCCCGGGACACGGACACACCAAGCACGUAAAAAGCUUACAACCGAUGCCGCAGAGCGAAGAUGUUCGACACAGCUUUUGGUCUAAUUCACAGAUGUCCGAUUUACGACCUCAGCAUAUUCAAGAAAGCAGUCUGGGCGGCAGAACAGUCCGGGAUGGCAUGGCUGGUUCAUACCACCACGGCUCUCAGUUAAGCAGACGGCAUUCCCUUUCCACAAUCGGGGAUGAAUAUCAUCCGUCGCCUUCGAGGAACCGUGGGGAGUUGAGGAUUGUGAUUGAGCGACCUGAUACCGAAGAAUUUAAACCACACGGUAAAGUCGAAGUUCCUUCGUUGGAGAUGUCUAUCCCCCAUUAUAGGCUUGGAGGCUUCAGGUUUACACCUGGAGGUACACCAAUGCUCCGCAGUUCAGCAUAUACUCGAACUUCUGUCUCAGAUAAUUUCCGGUCAUCUACAUUUAUGAGAGCUGACGAUCCUGAAGUGCCCUCUAUUCCUAGCGAAAUCCCGUCCAGCGGCCUGUCAUCUUAUACCCCGCCGCUCUUUCCCUCCCCUCGUGCUUUGAGCGGGAUCAAUACAUCUCCAGCCCAGUCCAGCGUCUUCUACAAGCUGAAGGAGCCAAUAGACCCGUCAGUCUUCGACCACUUGAUGCUGAUUAUGGACGAUGUUUCGGUGGUACGAUAUGCAAAGGAAACCAAGCAAGUCACCGCUGCAACCCCGGCCCGUAUUGUCGCCCAAAUCUCGUCAGAAUCGUUCAUGGACUAUGAGCUCGUGUCUGACUUCUUCUUGACGUUUCGCUCCUAUCUAUCACCGAGUAAUCUGCUCUCGCUACUGCUAGCAAGGCUCCAGUGGGCAAUCAACCGCCUCGAAGACGACGGUAGAAUCAUCCGAAUUCGCGUAUUCGCGGCCUUAAGACACUGGAUCUUGAAUUAUUUCGUUGACGAUUUUGUGUCUAAUCGCGAUUUGCGAAUUCAGUUCUGUGGCCGGCUUAACCACAUGUACGAGGAGAUAAAGCAUAGGAGUAAGAAUAGUCACAGCGACCUCAAAAUUCUGAUAGAUUUGAAGAAGUGUUGGAACGGCAGAUGCUCCCUUUACUGGGACGCACAAGAAUCCGCAGAUAGGAAAGAUCCUGAUGAACCUGUCGUUCCCGGCGGCAUCGAAGGUAGCAAUGAUGGAGAGCUCAGUUCCAGAGAUCUGGAGGAGAUUGGCCAUAAUUUUGAAAAUGUGCUAGGGAUGCGUGUGCAACCACCGGUUUCUGCCCGGCCCUUCUCGCCAGCGGCGGGAAACUUGGAUUCUCGAAAUCAGCAAGCAUCGCCUGAACCUGUCGUUGAACGCCGAACAUCGCCUUUGAGCCCCAGCACCAUUCAGCCGGACUCUUGCUCGUUCCCGCACAUUAUCCCAAAACGAAAUUCCUUUCAAUCUAACCAAGCUGAAGCUCCCCACCCUGUGGUUUUAGCGUCGCCGAAAUUUGGUUCUCCUAUUUCCCCUGGACAAUUUGCGUUUCCUCCCAUGCCUCCGAUCUGGCGUCGACCAAUGCACUCUCACAAGCGCAGUGGCAGCUUCUCAGAUUCCGUCCGCGAUGAUCGAGCGCCGCUGCCGCUGUCCAGCGUCGACUCUCACGGACAGCCUCCGUUCCAGAUGCUGCCUCACACAGAGAACAUGAUCAGAGGGAACGUAUACGGCCCUCCCGAGCCUCUCUUGGUCUCUUUCGGCCCUCCAUCUCCUAAUUUUGAGGUUCCACCGACGGGAUUUGGAAGACAAGAUACAACUACCCGAUCGGAUCGGCCAAAGCAGUCGGGCCCGGCUGUGAAAGCGUUUAUUGGAACGCUGCGGCGUGCUCUGCAAACCAGGCCGUCUGGACAAGGCCCUUCUCGCGGAAUAAGCCCGAGCGAAUCACGAGGAAAAACGUCACCCUUGCCUAAAAAUGUGUCCUUCCGUCCUGACGGUUAUAGGGGCAAGGGAGGAACGCAUUCGCAGAGCAAUACACGUGUGGAUCUGCUUUGCGAGGAGGCAUAUUUAUCUUACCGAAAACUGUUAAAGGAGUCGGAGCUUUCACGGCCAUCAAUGGACCAGGGAACUGCACGCUCUGCGCCAUCCGAUACACAAAAGGAGCGUCAUCUUUCUGGUGAUAUGCCUGCUAAUCCGAACUAUCUUGCAGCCUCACGACGUGAUAGCAUUCCUAGUCAAUUGACAACGGGAAGCAAAUCCAUCGUGAUAGUGGACGAUACUCGUACUGGAACACCGAUAAUGCCAAGUAGGCUGCAGAUAUCUUUACCUCCGACAAGAUAUGAUCCGUCUAAACCCGCUAGGAGCUAUUCACCAUCGCGCGAUGUAGGUUCGAAGCCCUUCAUACCUUCAGGCACGAUUAGACACAGUCCGUGCUAUGGGGAGUCCUUUACAACCAUGUUUGGAUCAAAGGCUCCCGAAUCGGGACGGGAAUCCUUGGUAACUUGCGGCGAAAGCAAUCGCGGAGUCAACAAGAUAUUCCACAAUAUUCGAAAGUACGCAUCUCAUGAAAGUGUGAUGAAUAGACAUAAACCUGGUUCCGAUAUUGAGAGCGUGAAUCGGUCCGACAUUUCGCAGAAAUCCAGCCUCAAGCCCCGUGGCCCCACGCUUCGUCGACGACGGGGUGGAGAUCUACGAAAGAUGCAGAACGAGACCGAAUCAGUGCCUAGAAGCAAAGCAUCCUCAGCCGCUGAUGAUAUGACGGAAACCAGUUCAAUGGGCGGUUCCAUGCUACAAAUGGCAAAUAAAAUACAUUUCAACGAACGAAAUAAAGAAGCUGCCAAUCGAGCCCAUCCUCGUCAGCGCCACUCUCUGGAUGAAUCGCGGCAUCUGCGUCGGUCUUUUGAGGCUACAGUGGCUGGGUUUGCUAAAAUACCCGACGAUGGUGACGGAGGUAUCGAGUCAACGUUGCUGAAGCUAGAGGGCAAAUGGGAAACGCAGUCACCUAUCUGUGGACAGCAGGGUGAUUCUAACGCCCGUGUCGAUGGGAGUUGCAAGCUUAGAGCGCCAGGAGCGUCUACGCUUGGAUCCAGUGAACAUGGAGCUUCGAGUACAUCCGGGGUUCGAAUCAGCUCGUAUGUUGAAUCUGAGGAUUCCUACUGCUCCGUUCCACUUCUUGAACGUGGCUUGGCCGAUGACUCAAUGAAAAGCCCGCGGCUGUACGAUGCUGAUUCAAAUACCAACUCGCAGCCGCAGCUCAGUGGCCAGGAACAACUUCCAUCAACAGAAACCGAGCCCUCUCUAUCAAUUGAAAUGGUAGAAAAGACGGAUAGCAUGCAACAACUUCCGCAUCACUCGAGGUAUAUGAAGAGCCGUAGUACCUCUGCUCACCCUUACGGCAAUGAACUUGAAAUUGACGACUAUGCCUCCGAGCUGUCAUCGGAGAUUUCGAUAGAUGUCAUUAAUGGUGCCGAAGCAGCCGGCCCAUCCAACAGAAACGGCCAUGGUGCCUCUCCAAUCAUGGCCUUUGCAACUCUCGGAGUUCCUACGCAUCCGCUCGCUGAUCCACCAUCGCCACCGAUAACUUUGGGAUAUCAAGGUAACAGGACAUCUGAUGUAUACCCGACAAGCCUGCAACAGCAGCCUUUGACUCCCGAGGUGUCUCCCAACAGUAUGGCCUUGAGGAGAACUUCUGGAGGUGUGAAACACAUACGCUCUCAUCCAGACAAUAGUCAACGUAACGGAGAGACACACCUUCAGGGUUCGCCCACUGGAGCACUUACGGGCCCUGGCCAUACGCCGUUUAUCCUAGCAUAUGAUUCAGAACUUCUCGCUCGACAGUUUGCUAUCGUGGAGCAGGCUGCUUUGAGCGAGGUGGAUUGGAAGGACCUGGUUGAUAUGAAAUGGAGUCAUUCAUCGCAAACAACGCUCAACUGGGUGAAUUAUCUGGCGGACCAAGAUCGCAAAGGCAUCGAUAUGGUUGUUGCUCGGUUCAACCUCAUGGUGAAAUGGGCGUUGUCGCAGAUUGUUAUGACAACAAAUCGGGCCUUGCGAGCAAGCACAAUCACCAAACUCAUCCAUGUGGCUGUUUAUUCGCGGAGGAUCCGCAACUACGCUACGAUGCUGCAGAUGACGAUAGCAUUGUGUUCGAUCGACUGCACUAGGCUUGUCAAGACGUGGGAGCUUGUUCCCGAUGGCGAGAAGCAGCUGCUCAAGGAGAUGGAACGCUUGAUUCAGCCCACCCGAAACUUUCACAAUCUACGGUCUGAAAUGGAGACUUGUAAUCUACAGGAAGGCUGUAUACCGUUUGUCGGCCUAUAUGUUCAAGAUCUCACUUACAACGCCCAAAAACCAGCUCAGAUCGCAGGCACUCGCGACGGCGAGCCGCUAGUGAAUUUCGAGCGAUAUCGCACAGCUGCGUCGAUCGUUAAGAGCUUGCUUCGGCUAAUAGACUCGAGUACAAAGUACAACUUCGAGCCUAUAUACGGUCUGGUUGAAAGAUGUCUUUGGAUUGCAUCUUUGACAGACGACAGAAUUAUCACCCUCAGCAAGGAGCUCGAAUGA